UAUUUUCUUUUCUACCAAACAAAACCGAGCUUGUCAAAUAUGGCUUCUACUUCAUCUUUAGCCAUCUCCUGUAAAACUACCUAUGAUGUUUUCCUUAGCUUUAGGGGAAUUGAAACUCAUCACAAUUUUACUAGUCAUCUUUGUGCUGCCCUUUGCCGGAAAAAUAUUACAACAUUCAUAGACGAUGUUCUUGAAAGAGGAGAAGGGAUCUCGCCAGCCCUCAUGAAAGCGAUUGAAGAAUCCAAGAUUUCUGUAGUAAUUUUCUCAGAAAAUUAUGCAUCCUCUCGGUGGUGCCUAGAUGAACUAGUGAAGAUAAUUGACUGCGAGAAAAAAUUAGGGCGAAAGGUUUUACCCAUUUUCUACCGUGUAAAUCCUUCCGAUGUUAGAAAACAGACUGGGAAAUUUGGAGAAGCAUUUGGGAAAGUCAAAGAAAAUUCAAAGCACAGCUUAGACGUUGUGGAGAAGUGGCGCACUGCUUUGAUGGAAGCAGGCAAUCUAUCUGGAUGGGUUUCCAGCGACUCCAGGCCUGAAUCCCAACUAUGUGAAGAAGUCGCUGAUCACAUUCUGAAGAAAUUGUAUCCCAUCUCGUUUACUGCUUCUACUGGCUUAGUUGGGAUUGAUUCACAUGUUGAUAAAAUUAUGUCAUUGUUAUGUAUUGAGCCAACAAGCAUUCGGGUAAUAGGAAUUUGGGGAAUGGGUGGUAUUGGAAAGACCACCAUAGCUGAAAUUCUAUUUAGUCGAAUAUGUAAUCAAUUUGAUUGCUUUUGCUUUCUUCGCAAUGUUAGGGAAAAAUCAGAAAAAUAUGGGCUAGUUGAUUUAAGAAAAAGCUUUUUUUCGGAACUCUUGGGGAUUGAAAUUAGAAAUCUAGAUAUGCUCAGUGUGGUACCCCCCAUUAAGGAUUCACUUAAUCGGAAGAAAGUUCUUGCUGUUCUUGAUGAUGUUAAUGAUCCAGAACAACUAGAAGCUUUAGCUGUAAAUGAUGAUGAUUGUUUUGGGCUGGGAAGUAGAAUCAUUUUAAUAAGCAGAGACAAACAAGUCCUUAGCAGUGCUGAAAAGAUAUAUGAGGUUAAGGGAUUGGAUUUUAGCGAUGCUCUUCAGCUGUUAAGUAUGAAAGCCUUCAAACAAAACCAUCCUCCGGUGGAAUAUAGAGAGUUGUCCAAAAGGGUAGAAAAUUAUUGUAAAGGUGUUCCACUAGCUCUCAAGGUUUUGGGUUCCUAUUUGUGCGGAAGGACCUCUAAAGAAUGGGAAAGUGCAUUGAAUAAACUGAAGGUAUCUCCUGACUACAACAUUCUGAAAGUCUUAAAAGUAAGUUAUAAUGCUUUAGAUCGAAUGGAAAAAAGCAUAUUUCUAGAUAUUGCAUGUUUCUUCAAAGGAUAUGACAAAAGCUGGGUAGAAGAUAUAUUAGACGAUUGGGCAAUAAUUCGUCUAGUGGAUCACUGUCUCAUAACUAUUGUGCAUGGCAAGCUAGAGAUGCACGAUUUGAUAGUGGAAAUGGGUCAAGAUAUUGCUCGGCGGAAGGGUAACCGAUUAUGGAUUUCUACAGAUAUCUGUCAAAUGUUGGCCACAAUUGAUAAUAAGGCAAAGAAAGUAGUUGAAGGCCUAUUUUUGGACAUCUCUACAAUUGGAAGGGUAUAUUUGAAUCCUGCCGUGUUCUCAAGAAUGCACAACUUGAGAUUGCUCAAAUUUUACUGGAGUUCCUGGUUAAAGAAGGAAGGUACUGGCUCCAUAUUUGAAUCUAGCGGAUCAGAUUGUCUAAAAAGUCUUCCUAACAAGUUGAGAUUACUUCAUUGGGAAGAAUACCCUUUCAAGUCUUUGCCAUUAAAUUUUUCCAUGGAAAACCUUGUCCACCUCAACAUGCGAAAUAGCAAAGUUGAAAAGCUCUGGAAUGGAGUUAAGUGUUUGCCAAACUUAAAAUCUCUUGAUCUUGCUUUCUCAAAGCAUCUGAAAAUAGUCCCCGAUUUUUCUAUGAUGACAAACCUGGAGGAGAUCAUUUUUGAUGGUUGUGAGAGUUUGAUUAAGAUUCCAUCAUCCAUUCAGUGCCUGGAAAGACUCGAUUAUCUUUAUCUAAUUGAUUGCAUAAAGUUGAGAAGUCUUCCACAAAUGCCGAGAGGCAUAAAAUAUUUAGCACUCACUAGUUCUGGAGUGGAAGAGUGGUCUCCGUCAUCCAUCCAAUUUCUUGACAAUCUUUUGUUCUUAGAUAUUUCCCAUUGCAAAAACCUUAGAAGUCUUCCAAGAAUCAUAUAUUGCAAUACUUUUAUAAGACUUAAUAUCAGUUUCUGCCCAAAUCUCAUCAUGUCUCCGCAGAUUAUGGAAAGUUCAGAAGUAUUGCCCUCCUCAAAUAAUGGUAUUGUUAUUUUAGAUUUGAGAGGAUGUAAAAUGCUCAACAGUCUCCCAAAUAGCACUUGGGAAUUGAAACGCCUUGAGAUUCUGAAUCUCCAUGGCUGUUCAUAUCUUGAGAAAUUGCCUCCUUUAUAUGGUUUAUGCUCCUUAAAGAAGCUAUUUCUAGAUGACACUGCACUUGUAGACAUUCCCCCUGACAUUGUUUCUUUGUCAUCAUUAGAAUUACUGUCUCUAAGUGAUACUCCAAUGGAAGAAUUGCCAUCAUCAAUUGGUUGUCUCUCUUCACUUGUUAGUUUGAAUUUGCAGAGAUGUAAAAAGCUUAAGAGUCUCCCAAACAGCAUUUGUGAAUUGAAAUGUCUUAAGACUCUGCAUCUCAGGGGUUGUUCAGAUCUAGAGAAAUUGCCUCCUUUAUAUGGUUUAUGCUCUUUACGAGAUCUAUAUCUAGAUGGCACUGCACUCGUAAAAAUUCCCCUUGACAUUUUCUCUUUAUCAUCAUUGGGAGUAUUGUUUCUAAAUGAUACUCCAAUAGAAGAAUUGCCGUCAUCAAUUGGUUGUCUCUCUUCACUUGUUAGUUUGAAUUUGAAGAGAUGUAAAAAGCUUAAGAGUCUCCCAAACAGCAUUUGUGAAUUGAAAUGUCUUAAGACUCUACAUCUCAGGGGCUGUUCAAAUCUAGAGAAAUUGCCUCCUUUAUAUGGUUUAUGCUCUUUACGAGAUCUAUAUCUAGAUGGCACUGCACUCGUAAAAAUUCCCCUUGACAUUUUCUCCUUAUCAUCAUUGGGAGUAUUGUUUCUAAAUGAUACUCCAAUAGAAGAAUUGCCGUCAUCAAUUGGUUAUGAAUUGAAUUUUUGUAAUUGCGUAAAUUUUGACCAAAAUGCACGUGGCACCAUUAUGGCAGAUGCUAUCCAGAGAAUUAAAGAAUUAGCCAUUGCUAGAAGUUAUGGAGCAUUUUAUCCUCGUUUUUUGGUUGGUUUACCCGGAAGCAAAAUUCCUGAGUGGUUGAGCUGUGAAGGCCCAGGACAUUUAAUAGAAACUUCGUUCCCUCCUGGUUGCUUCAAUAAUAUGUUCCGGGGUUUUGUUUUUUGUGCUCUUCUAGAACUCAAGGCUCCUGUUUUUUAUGAGGAUGGACCCUUAAUAUGUCAAAGCAGUUUCAAAAACAAUAAUGACUACAGAGAGGCCAAUUUUACAAGUGAAUAUUUCUUUUUGGAAAAUACCAUAGAAUCAGAUCAUGUGUUAUUUUGGUACGAUGGCGAUGACAUUUUCUUUUUAGAUUGGCUCAAACAAAAUUGUGACAUGGAGAACAAGGCAACAUUCCACCUUCACCCUGAGAAUAUGUGCUCCGACGAUGAGAGAAAGUUAGAAGUGAAAAGGUUUGGGUUCCACUUGUUUUAUGACAAAGUUGAGCUAAACAAAUGAAGAGAAGCCAAUUUUCUAGAGCAAUUCAAAAAACAACAAAUGCCAACAAUAAGAGAAGCAGGGAAGACUUCUACUCCAGUAAUAUCAAUGGCAACCAGGAGGUGGAAACGCACCCUAAAAGAUUGAGGCAAAAUUUCUUUAUGGAAGAUUACUUUUCAAAUGCUCAGGAUGGGAUUAACUACGACGCUACUAUGGUUCCUUCAAGUUCUUCAUGUGAAUUUGCUCCCAAAUUCUACAAAUUUCUUUGAAAUCCGUCCCCACUAAUUGUGGAGAACUAAGGCUUGCGGCUUGCUUUCCCGCAAGUUGCGUCGACGUCUUCCAAAUCUGGGCAUCGACUAUCUGAUCUGUCGAGUCUCAUUUGCUUUGGGCAUCAACUUUCUGAUCUGGCGAGUCUCAUGAGCCCAUCUCUCGCGACUUCAGCAGCUUCUUGCAGACUCACUCUACGCCAACCUCGGCCUUCUCCAUCUCGACACUCAUUGUGUUCAAUUCUGGCCUGAUCCUCCAAAUGAGAUAUUGAGUUUCCUCACAGCAGAUGCAGUGGUAGUGACUCUGUGUUAACUCAGGAACGAAGCGCUUUGGAAUUCUAAUCAGAUUACAAGCUCUGCUUCCUCCUUCCUGAAUCAGUGAUUAGAUGCCCAAGUUAGUGACCAUCCAUCCCAUUUUGACUACUCUUCGACAGUUUCUGUGGCUGAUUUGUUGAAAUGGCACAAGCCUGCUUCGGGAUUCUUGAAAUGCAAUACAGAUGCUUCCUCCCAUCCGCAUCAUAACAAAAUUGAGCAGGUUGGGUUCUUUGUGAUUGGAGAGGACAGCUGAUUAAGGCUUGCUAAUUGAGCUUCUUGGUCCACCUGAUCUGAAAAUCACUGAAGCUCUCUCUCUCCAAGAAGCUCUUAGCUUGAUUGAUGGAAGGGGCAUGCAUAUCACCUAAUUUAUUAACUUAUUCAACCUUGAUUGAAUGCUGAUGUUGUUCCUUAUCCUGCACUUAUAGAUGCCCAGUGCAAGAAUUUAUAAGUGAAAUCUGCUGUGACUUUAUUUGAUGAGAUGACUAAGCAGGGAAUCAAGCCUCAUGUUGUCACUUAUAAGGCAACUCAAGAAAAUUACAGUGGCAAGCAGGAAAUUUUGUCCAUCUUAAAUGCUUGCAGGUGCGUAAAAUGCAGCAAUUGUUGUCGUUUUCUAUAAUAAGAUUACUACCAUGUUGUGAAUGUUUAAGAAUGAGAACAUGCUAUAUUUACACUGUAAUUUUGGUGCAUUUGCAUCUGAGGAAAAUUUAUAUCUGUUGCAAAUUUUUAUCGUAUAUGAAAAGUAAAACCUGCAAACUGAUAAUACUAGUUCCAAUAUGGAAGCAAGUAUAAGUACUCCUGCAAUUUUAAUCUUGUUUUAAGUUCAGAAUUAGCAGGGUUAAUAUUGAUGUAUUGUUUUUCGCUCAUUGAGAGAAGUAUUGCUUUACUUUUUAUUUUUAGUUUAAUUAUUGUUCCUUAAUGGUGCAUGUGGCUCGUGGUCAAUGCUAAAUCAAGAAAUAUAUGCAUAGUGAAUAAUGGUGAAUGGAAGGUCACUGUUCAUGUUUCUAAGAUUUUAUGACCCUUUUGUGGCGUUUCCUUUGCUCUUUGUUCACUUCUACCUUCACAGUAAACCAUCAGCAUCAGAAACAAAUCAAGCAGUUUACUAUACUAUGAUUUCUUGUCAACAAUGACUAGCAGAAUUGCAAAUACCCUUCUAGUGGAUCUCUUGUAAAGUUUCUUGUAGCACAUAUUUAUAGGCAAAAGCAUGUCAAAAAUUGAGAUUAUCAGAUUUUUGAAGCGCUAAUAUAUUUCUUGCCUGUCACUUUUCUGCCUGCUUUGUAUCAUAUAGCUUGUUUUAGAUACGUCAAGGAUAUUUAACAUCGAAUAUGGAUAUGUUUUGAUUUGUGUCUCUCUGGAUGCUGUCGCUGAGAUUCCUUUGGAGAUGCUUCGAUUUUAUUGGAGGAGCUUUGAUUAUUUGAUUAUCAGGUGUAUGGCGUGGCAUACAUACUUGUAAUGGCUUUCGCGGUGUAAUUUUAGAGUCUGGUUCUUUGCUGAUGGUACAAGCUCUCCACUCCAAUCAGCAUGAUCUCUCUUAUUUUGAUUCUAUUGUCACUGAUUAUGAAUUUUCUUCUUAAUUAAUUCUGCUCUAUUUCUUCUA